AUGGAUAAGAAUCAAGCACUCAACACUUCAAAUGACGCUGUCAGCGAGCUGAAAAAUGCGAAAAAGUAUGAAGAUUGUCUGCCUUGUAAGAUUACCGGUGCAUUAGCUUUUGGUGGUCUUGGUGGUUAUGCUUUACGCGAAGCCAACAAGCUUAAUAAGGUGGCGGGCAAAUCCAACCAAGCAGUUGGUCUUGGUGUGGCAGGCGUUGUGUUUAUUUCGGCAGGCCUUUACCGUUUGAUGUUGUAA